CACUCAGUUCUGACUGGGAUUUCCUUGACACAAGUCAGGGCAUUGUGUUGAAAGCUUCAUGAUGAACAUGCUCUUUGGAAAUUGUGUGGGCAGCUGUGACCAGCUGGCCGGUCCACCGCCGGACUUUAUACUAUCGAUGCCGCCGCCACCGCUGCCAUCCUUCCUGAUCUCCAAGCCGGCGACGGUGGACAUCCUGUUGCCGUCCAAUGAGUCGCAGCCGUGCUUCGCUGCCUUCAUGUGUGGCCACGGGAUGCAGCACAACGAGAGCGGGAAUGCGCUGAUGGAGCUGGUCAGGAGUGAUUCCAGGAGUCUGGAGAGCGUCUGGCUGUUUGUCUCGUCCUGCAUCGGGAUCUUCGUGUUCGGCUGCUUCCUGGCCCUCAUUGUGAUGAGGUGCAGAGACAGUUCCUUCUUCUCGUACCAUGACGCCAAUAUCAAGCAGACGGCCAUUAAUGCCCUGGGCGAGGCUACCAAGUCCAAUGCCUUCACAUCCGGCGGAAUUCUGUAUCCCUGUGCCACGGCCAACAGUCGGGACUUGCUCCAGAGCCAGCUGGUCAACGACAGCCGCCUCCUGUGGGCUACACUAACGCCCCACGGCACCCGGCACUUCAUCAUCGAGAACUCUCAGGAUGGGCACUACGAAUCGGUGGACUAUCGCGGCAAGUCGCACAGCCAGGUCUUCCGCGGCUACGAGAAGCACUCGCAGUCCUUUGUCAAGUCGUUUGACAACAAUGGCUUUGUUGACUACGACUACGAGGAUCCCACGCCAUUGAUGGACUCCUACCAUGACGACAUGGACUCGGGCUACCAGGAGCCGCACGAGGUGACUGGCUCCCUGAAGCGGUCGGCGAUGCGAACUGUGGAGUCGCUGAACGACACCCCGACCAGUGGCGGAUCGAGCUCAAAUUACCACUCCAGCUCCAACCAGCAGAUCGGCAACACCAAGUCCAUCAGCCGCAAGACGACGCUGUCCCGCCGCAUCAGCGAUGCCUCCUCCCAGAAUGGAACCUCCAUGUAAUUGUGCUGUCCAUUGGGUAUUGUACAUUUCCAUUGGACGGAGGCCAUUGGGACUGGAAUGUCGUCCACAUCACUAACUGCAGACAGUAGGGAUUAUGAUUACGCUUUGAACUUUUAGACUAUUUUAAAGAGUGAGGCACAAGUGUGGGCUGUUCUCGGGAGUCACAAGAGCAGUGCGUCCAGGAAAUCACGGCAUCGCGAAUUCAGGACGGCAGCUGCUGGAAUCGUUACCCAUGGAUCGCUACUACAGAAGAGCCACGCACCUGCGAUCAUCUUUCAAGCCUACUAGGGAUCGUAUCCACUGGUGUACCAUGUAUAAUACUCGUGCACAAAAUACUCGCUUGUAAACACACUACACACGUCUUUUAUAAAUAAUACCCGCAACUAUAGCUAUAUCAGAUAAUCCAACUAAAGCUGAUCGGAAAGGCCAACUAUUGUAUCUGCAUAUAGA